AUGUCAUUCUUCUUCAAAUAUUCUGCGGUUCUGUGGACCAUCAAGGCGCGUGAGCACUGUCACAGAUUGAAGAAAGAGAAGAAGAAGAUGUUCAAGUGUGAGGAGACAGAUCAUAAGACAUAUUAUGAUACCUUGAAGAGGCUCUGCAAGAGAUAUAGGAAUAAUGCAGAUGACACCACCUGUGAGAGAUUGAAAAAGAAGACACAGGAGCUGGCAGAGAAGAAGAGGAUUGAGGCCUUAUUCAGGUCUCAAAUGCACUCCAUGAUUCAGAAUAUUGAGAAGACAGCUCUGCUCUCUGAGCAUGCCAAUCUGCUUACUGCUGAGAUGGAACCUGAGACAGCAGAUCAGGAAAUGCAGGAUUUUGAGGCACAGGUUGACCUGGCUGAGAGAGAGCAGUGA